UAUAUAGAUAUACAUGGAAAAAUCUGUUGCGGGGAGAUGGAGGGGAAAAUUCAGGGCAUGUCGGAAAAGCAAAGAAGAGAGCGUUAGACCCGGAAAGUGCAGUCCAUUUGGAACACAAGAUUUGCUGAGAAGGCAGUGAGACAAGCAAGCAACUCAACCCAACCCCAUCUCAGUUCCUUGUAUUCUCCUAAAAUCCCGUUGUCCUCCUUAUAUAUAUAUAUAUAUAUAUAUAGUUUGUAAAUUUCUCCUCUUUUUUUCCUUUUUUAUUGGUUUAGGGUUUCACUUGUAUUACAUGCAUUAGAUCUCUCACCAGGCCAACCUUCAAAAACCCUAACCCCACCUCCAUUGUUGCAAUCUGCAACAUUUCUAGGGUUGGGGUUUUUGUACCAUUUUGGUCUCUCUUUUUUUUUUUUUUAAUUUUAUAAUAUUAUAAUUACUGAAUUCACAGAGCUACUAAUUAAGGCCCUCAUCCAUCUUUGUCUUCUUCUUUGAUCAAUAUAUUUAGGGUUAUAUAAAUUUUGAAGCUUUUUUUAUGUCUAGGGGUUUCUAUGUAGAUUGCUGUAUUGUUGUUGUUGUUGUUGUUAUUAUUAUUUUGAAGUUGGAUUACAAUGUCAUCCAAAAAUCUAAACCCACCUCCAGGUCUCAAUCUCUUCCCAUCCCUCAAACCCCCACAAAAAACUUUAGCUUUCCACCAAAUCUUAGUCCUAGUAAUAACUUUCCUCGCCUAUGCUUCCUUUCAUGCCUCUAGAAAACCUCCAAGCAUUGUUAAGAGUGUUCUUGGACCAAAUGAUCACUCAAACUCAUCCCUAACCGAGACUAAUUUGAACUCAACCUUAUUGAAUUCGAGCUCGAUUGAUGCUGGUUGGGCUCCUUUCAAUGGUCCACGUGGAACACACCGGCUAGGCGAGCUAGAUCUCGCAUUUCUUUCUGUAUAUUCCAUUGGAAUGUAUUUUUCCGGCCAUGUCGGUGAUCGGGUCCAUUUGAGGUACUUUCUUGUGUUUGGUAUGAUAGGCAGUGGCAUUUUUACAAUAAUGUUUGGCCUAGGGUAUUGGUUGGGAGUUCAUGUUUUGGGAUUCUUUCUUGCUGUUCAAGUGGUUUGUGGAUUGUUUCAGUCAGUUGGGUGGCCUUGUGUGGUGGCAAUUGUGGGAAACUGGUCUGGGAAAGAAAAGAGGGGCUUGAUAAUGGGAUUGUGGAAUUCGCACACCUCUGUGGGAAACAUUGUUGGAUCAGUUUUAGCAUCAGGUGUUUUAGAAUUUGGGUGGGGAUUUUCCUUUGUUUUGCCUGGAGUUUUGAUGAUUGUGGUUGGCAUUGUAGUGUUUAUGUUUCUCGUUGUUAGUCCGGAUGAUUUGGGGUUUGAGUCUCCCGGCAAGGAGAUUGAAAUGGAUGCGGAAGUUGAUAGUGUAAGGAGUUCAGAGGAGAAAGUGGAGUCAGAGAAAGCUGGUCUUCUUGAAACAGGGGACUCUGAUUCUUUGGCCGCAAUUGGAUUCUUUGAGGCAUGGAGGCUACCAGGUGUAGCACCAUUUGCUUUCUGUCUCUUCUUUUCAAAGCUGGUGGCUUACACUUUUCUAUACUGGUUGCCCUUCUACAUAAGGCACACAGCUGUUGCGGGAGUGCAUUUGUCACACAAAACUGCUGGGAUCCUUUCAACUAUAUUUGAUAUGGGAGGAGUCCUUGGAGGAAUUUUGGCGGGAUUCAUCUCUGAUGUAAUUGAAGCUCGUGCUGUUACAUCAAUUGUAUUCUUGUUGCUAUCAAUUCCAGCCCUCCUUUUCUACAGGGUUUAUGGAAGCAUCUCCAUGUUUGCCAAUAUUAGUUUGAUGUUUCUUUCUGGAUUGCUUGUAAAUGGUCCAUACUCACUCAUUACAACGGCUGUUGCUACUGAUCUUGGUACUCAGACCAUGGUUGGAGGAAAUUCUCGUGCAUUAGCUACUGUAAGUGCAAUUAUAGAUGGCACUGGUUCUGUUGGGGCAGCUUUAGGCCCACUAUUGGCAGGGUAUAUUUCCACUAGGGGAUGGAACAGUGUCUUCUUAAUGCUAAUUCUUUCUAUUUUCCUUGCAAGUUUGUUCUUGAUUCGUGUUGCCAGAACUGAGAUUAAAGCGAAGUUGAAUGAGGGAAAAUGGUUUUGGAACAGCAUAGGCGGUCAUUGAUGGAUGGAGGAUUUCUUCUAAUGCUUCAUUUAUGCAUGGGUUUUUUCUGGUCAGAUUAGUUCAUUUGGGGAAGAAUACGGUCAUGGAUUAGUAACUUGAGCCAUUAUACAUGUAUGUAUUUUGUAUCUUAUUCAUUUUACACAGGUUAGUAGCUCUUAUACAUGUAUAGAACCUAUAAAUUCCACAAGAUAUAAAAUUUGUUCAACUUCUUUUUGGUUUCGGUAUUUA